AUGAUCAGUCGGGAGGCUCCAUUGGCGGAAUUGACACGCGCAGCAGGAUUAAACGUCGAUGUUUUUGAGACUCCACUGCCGCUUGUAAUUGUGUAUGGUGGUGCAUCAUCAGGCAAAUCAUUAGGUGUAUCGCAGUCACUAAAAGCACACUCGUCCCCGUACGCACUCGUAGACUGUACCGCAAUUUACUCUGCUAAGGAAUUAUAUCGUGAAGCAUUGUCACAAUUACGAGAGUCUUCAACAGAUCGUGAAGUGGACGAUGUGAUGAAUGUUGGUGAUGUUGGAAAAGCUGAAGUCAAAAGUACUUAUGAAAUACACGACAAUGACAAGUUCAGCUCACUCAACUUUUUGAGCUUUUAUAAAGCUCUCGAUAUAUUUAUGAAGAAUAGAGCAAAAGAAAACAAGCCGACUCAACGCGUUUUAUACCUUGCACUUGAUCAUGUUGAUAAAUUGCUUGACCGAGGAAUGGGGACUUUAAUUACAUGCGCAUGUACGCUAAACGACCAGAUCAUGAAUAUGAACAUAUUUGAAGAAUAUCCGCCGUGGGAGGUCUGCAUCAUAUUAAUAACACGAGGAAUGUCUUUCGAUUUUGACCGACUCGUGAUGCCCUUUUUCCCUGCUUACGUGCAUUUUCCACCGUACAAACCAGGUCAAUUAGCAGAUAUUUUGGUACAGCAACUUGGCUUUGGUGAUGCAAAUCCAUCGUUUCGAACUUGGCUAGUGCAUGUCCAUGGAUUAUUACCACCGACUCCAGAUGGUGAUUGGCUUGACUUUCGUGCUGCUAUCGUCCACUUGCUGCCCGAAUUUCGUAAGUUUUUCAUAUCACCUGUUCAAGAAGAAAACGCUUUAAAAUUAAAAGCUCAACUUGAGCGUGAGACCAAACGCCGUAUGCAAGCCUUUUUAAAAACGCGGAGACGGCAUCUUUUUGGAUAUCACAAGCUGACAAAUGAAGUGGGUGAUCCGUCUGAGCUAAUUUCAUGCACAAAUCUUAGUCGAAACUGCCUUUUGCUCGUGCUUGCUGGGUAUCUGGCGUCGUUUAAUCCUCAAGAAACCGACGUGCGUUUUCUCUCUUCUUCUGGUGGACAGCGUCGUAAAAAGCGUGCAAAAAGAAAUGCCAAAGGUGAAACAAAUACAACGACUGUAAUGACCAGCAAUAAGAAGCAGAAGAUCAGUCAGCUACUUCUUGGUCCUCGAGUGUUUACAUUACAGCGACUGUUGGCCAUUUACCUUAAUCUACGCAUUGAAGCUGAGGCUGAUAAUUCGUCUUUUGACGAUUCUCUAUCUUCUGAAACGCGAGAAGAAGUUUUCACUCAUCUCGCAACACUCACUCGAAUGCAGCUAUUUCAACGGACGACACCACCACAGUUGCUCGACAAUAUAAAGUUUCGCUGUCUAGCUGACGCUCGCUUUGUUCAGGAAUGUGCGCAGUUUUUAUCAUUUCCCUUAGAAGCAUAUCUUAAUCGAUCAACAUAG